AUGAAAAUCGAAAAGGCACCUCCCCACCCCACCCCACCCCAUCCCCAUCCCCCCAAACGACAACGAAGCUUCCAAUAUGACCGCCGCUUCAUGCUCCUAAAGGUCAUCACCAAACCAGACGGCACGGAGGAACUGCGGCAUAUGAGCGUGUCGAAGUUCCCGGAGAUGGCGCUGUUCAGGACGGAUCUCGUUUUCCUCGAUGGGGAUGAAGACGCGGCAAAUGGGAGGAUUGUCGUUACCUAUACGCCUCCGAGUGAUGCGGUACAUAUGGCUGGAGGGAAGAGGAUAGAAGUUCCGCUACAGCCAGACGUGGAAGAAUUGAACCUUAGAGAGGUACAGGUGACACUCCACGGAAGCCCGACGAGAGCGUAUGACAUGGGCUCCAAGUACAAUGACUCGUUCAGUGGGUGUUUCGGGUAUAGAGUUGUGCUGGUAUAUCUAGGGUCACAUUCGCGUCGUGUAUUGGGGAGUUUUGCGCCGCUGAAGCGGCGGACUUCGAAUAACUGGGCGGGUUUUGGUAUGGACCUGGGUUUGAGAUCCCCGAGGGUGCUGAUUGAAGGAACGGCCGUGGUGAUGGUUUUAUGGCUGGUGCUUGUUUACGGGUAUGGAUAUGGAUCGAUAUCAAUUUAUUUUCUGGUUUCUGCGGCUAUGUUACGAGCAUUCCUCCUCUUCCAAACAUUCACACCGACAAGCUCGAGAGCAGGAAAGAAAGAACGGGAAGAAGCAUAUAUUACAUUUGCCGACUGCGCGCCAUAUCUAAUCACCUCAAUGACAUCGCUGGAUAACGUCUCAGCCCGACUCCAGGAUAAGACAAUGGACAUGACCAAAUUUCGACCCAACAUUGUUAUUUCCGGUGCUGAAGCGGCAUUUGAAGAAGAUUUCUGGACAGAACUUACCAUACCCAACAAACAAAACAAAGUGGAAAACAGGCUAUUGUUGACAGCAAACUGCGUCCGUUGCACAAGCAUCAAUGUCGACUACACAACCGGCAAAAUGGGCAAGGGCGAGGAGGGAAGCGUAUUGAAGAAACUAAUGAAGGAUAGACGGGUUGAUACCGGGGCGCGGUUUAGUCCUGUUUUUGGACGGUAUGCUUUUUUGCCCACUGCUACUGGAAAUGAGGAGGCGGGCGACGGGAUGGAGGUUAGGGUUGGAGAUGAGGUGGUUGUUUCAGGGAGGGCGGAGGCUAGGAGUGUUUAUGAUUGGCCGGGGAUGGGGAAGGGGUGA